GCUGCUUAUAUUUAUAACUAUUCAUCAAAAUAAUAAAUUUCACAUAUUAACUACUAUAUUGUAGUGUUAUGAAGUAAGGAAUGGUAGAAUCAUGCAUUCAUGACAAAUAAGCAAUAUCUGAUUAAAUGUGACGCGCGUACUUGUCAAAUUACGUAUGCAUAUGUAUAUGUGUACAUAUGUAUAUAUAACCCGCCACAUCUCGUACACUCCCAUAGAUUUAUAUGAGAUUAAUUUUCCAAAAGUUAUGUCGUUGAAACUUCGAAUCUGGAAAAAUGUUUCCGGUUUCGCUGGUCGGUGUAACGAUAUAAUUUAUUCCCCUCCAAAAUUAUCAAAAUGUCAGGACAUUCUUGUAUACUGGGGAGGUGAUGUACAGGAUAUUCAAGAAAAUAUGGAGCAACAUGCAGAUAGUAAAAAAUAUAUAGAAUGGAGUCUAGAAAAUACCGCUAAAAUACUUACAGUAAAUUUUCCCAAUAAACACAUAUUUGUUGUUCGACCAAAAAGAAUGCAUCAAACAAGUUGUGCUAUGUUUAGCUGUUUUGAUAAUUUUGUACCAUCGAGUGAAUAUGGCAUUCCAUCAAUUACUCUAAACCAUAAUGCUUUAAAGCACUUACAAGAAUUACUAAAAUCUUCUUUAGAACUUGUUAAAGCAAGUAAUAUAGACGAGGAUCCUCAGUUUAGUAUUGAGAAAGCAAAAUUAUCAUUAGUAGGUUUCAGCAAAGGCUGUGUUGUAUUGAACCAAUUACUUUAUGAGAUCUAUUAUUACCAAAAGGAAUAUGAGACUGAAACUAAUACUGAAAUUAAUAAUACUGAAUUUAAUAGUACUGAAUUUAAUAACUUUGUGAAACUCAUCAAAAGUAUGUGGUGGUUAGAUGGUGGACAUGGAGGUUUAAAGGAUGCAUGGAUUACAGACAUAUGGAUACUGAGAUAUUUUUCGAACUUGAGAAUAGAUGUUAAUGUACAUGUUACACCGUACCAAGUUCAGGAUCCUUAUCGUCAAUGGAUUCGCCAAGAGGAACGUCAAUUUUGUGCACUUUUAAUGUCAAUGAAUGUUCCGGUAAAGAGAACUUUACAUUUUGCCGAUAAACCGAGAAGUUUAGAAAAUCACUUUAAAAUCCUUACGGUUGUUGGAGAUCACACAGCAGAAUAUCGAGCUACUGAUCCUACUUAGAAGUAAUGAAUUCUAAUAAAUACUAAUUAACAGUAUUAAACUGUGUGUUAAAUAUUUUAAAUAUCAUUACAGUACAUAUAAAUUUUUACAUUAUUGGAAGAUUUUAUUUAUUUUAAUUCUGCACUAUAAUAUUAUAACCUAAUGUAAAAAUAUUAAUUUUAUGUAAUACAUUAACGUGUUACAUGAAAAAAGUAACCUGUAAAUACAUUUUUGAAUGCAUUCAUGAUAUGUCAAUUGUGUAAUAUUUCUAAAUAGUUUUAGAAUAAUUUAAAUUUAAAAUAAAAUAUUUAAAACAAUGUUUGUAUGUUACAAAACUUUAUAUACAACAUAAUAUUAUUCAUGUAACACAAUUCAUAGAAAACAGGAAAAUUCACAUGAAAUAAAUAUUUUAUAUUAGA